AUGGCCGAGCGCAUACCCAAGCCCCCCGAGGAUGUGGUCACCAUCGGUAUAUUGGCUUUGCAGGGGGCAUUCGCGGAGCACCAGGUGAUACUCAAAAAGCUGCCGAUGGGGGGGCACAAGAUCAAGAUCGAGCUCGUCCGCGUACCGGACGAUCUCCAGCGAUGCGACGCGUUGAUUAUCCCGGGCGGAGAGUCGACCACGAUCGCUCUUCUCGCGAGAUUGGCCGGGCUGCUCGAACCCCUUCGAGACUUUAUACGACGGCAGCGGCCCGUGUGGGGUACCUGCGCCGGUGCGAUUUUGCUUUCCGAGAGGGCGGAGGGUACGAAAAAGGGCGGCCAGGAGCUGCUCGGCGGCGUGAACAUCUCGAUAGCGCGUAACGGCUGGGGAUCGCAGAUCGAGUCAUUUGAGGCGCCGCUGUUGUCCGACGACUUGAAGGAAGCUGAUCGGCCGUUCACUGGUGUUUUCAUUCGUGCACCCGUCAUUCUGUCAGUAUCGCCGACACCCGAACAUCCCAUCCAAAUCAUUUCGCGCUUGCCUGCGGACCACCUGCCCCGCACGGGCGAUCCCGCGCUCGAGGAGGAGGACGACACAGAUCCACGCGAUCCGAGGACCAUCGUUGCCCUCAGACAGGGACGACACAUGGUUACGACGUUCCACCCCGAGCUGACCAACGACAACCGCUUCCAUGAAUACUUUUUGCGAGAAUGCGUGCUGCCUUCCCUCCGACAAUAG